AUGCCAGUCCGACCAAACGCACGAGUGCUUCGCGACAUGGCAACACGCCAAGCGGUCCAAUCCAACGAACUCGUCCGUCGAGCUUUCAAAUACAUUGCACGCAACACUACGCUACCUCAAAAAGUGCGACACCAAGCUCAACUUCAACUCAACCAGUUUCCCAACAAGACAAGACCCGUUAGCGUGUCAAAUCGAUGCACAGAAACAGGGCGCGGUCGAGGUAUCAUCUCGGAAUUCGGCUUGUGCAGGUACCAGUUCAGGAUGAAGGCGCUAGCUGGCGAUCUGCCGGGCGUUAAAAAGGCUUCCUGGUGA